AUGAAUACACGGUUUUGGGAGAAACCAGAUGAUCAGUUUGUACAGGCUUCAAUUGGUAUUAAUAUAACUCAAUGCAGACGAAACAGAAGUAAUGCAUAUGGGAGCCGGAAUACUCAAAAUACGAAUACUCUAAAUAUAGAAGAUCAAAAUGUCAAUAAUGAUGAAUGA